UUUUGAGGGUUUGAAGUGGGGGUUUUGGGUGGAUAAGGGUUUAGUGAGGGAUUGGGAGAAGCUGGGGUGUAAGGAAGGGGUGGAAUUGGGAGAUUUGGAGACACUGUGGGGUUAUAGUUAGUGUUUGAGUGGAAUGGAGGUUUUCCUCAGAAAUUUUUGAAAAUCCAUAUUAACACAAUAGUAUAUGUUUGAUAAAUACCCUCUCCAGCUAAUUUUUAUGCUAUCUUAAAGCUUUAUAGCUUUAAAUGCUGACUAAAUUUGAUCAAAUGCUAAGUCAGGUUUAUAUUUUUUAAAGAGAUCUUGCUUACCCAAAAUUUUGGGUUUUUUAGGCAUCCUCUUUUAGAUUUGUAGCCAUUUAUUUGUAAAUGUUUUAUAAUUGCUAAACAAGUUAUUAUAUGUCUUAUGUUUUAUGGGUGCAGAUUAUCAAUAUAAAAAAGGAGAAGAGCUCAAAGUUAGAAUAGAUUACUCUCUCCUAAAAGAUAGUAAAUCAUUGAUUACCAGAGAUAAAUCUGAUGACUCGAAAUUUCUCUCUUCAAAUGAAUUUAUUGAUCCUCUUUAAGCCUGAUAAAUGUCCCAAAAUAUACAAAAAUAGUUUUCUUGUUUCAUUUUUCAUAAGUAACUAAUAAUUUAGCCUAGAGAUGUCUCUUUUGAUACAAACCAGAGAGUUCGAUUAUAAAAUCUGCAAAGAUGCAUAUGAAGAUACUCAUUAUUAUGAAGCAUGUGCGAAGCCAUUGGUCUAUGGUUUUGAACAACAUUGUGAUAAAUUCAGAUUAUUUUUCAACAAAUCUCAAGAUAUGAAUUUUUUAAGGAAGCUAAAGUCAAUAAAGCUGUUCGAUACAAAUGCUGUAGUUUUAGAUAAAACCUCAGAUGAAAAUAAGAAUAUCACGAAGUUCUUAAAUUCUUCAUUUCCUAGCAAGACAAAUGAAUUUUCAUUUGUAGGAGAAUAUAAAAAUAUCAUAAAGUUCUCUAAAUGCUGGAAUUCAUUUAGCAGAAUUAACUCGAGAAUUAUAAAGAAGGUGUUCUUCAGCAGAUUGGUAAUAAAUGAGCUUCAAUUAAAGAAACUGAUGGUCUCUUCAAGACAUGUUCUGGCUAUCAGACUGGUUUCUUGCAAGCUCUCAAUCAAAAACAUCAUUGAUUUUUCAAAAGUACUCAAAGGAACAAAAAUUCAAAAGAUAGACCUCUCCCGUUGAGGACAGAAAUCAAACAACGACUGGAAAACCAACCCUGAACAAUUCUCAACUCUAAUCCAUUCCCUAGGCACUUCUGACGACCUAAAACUCACCCUCUCAACUCUCUGUCUGAACUUCUGUGAAAUUCCUGCUUCAGAAGCCUACAGAAUCCUGAAACUCCAUAACCUCUCUUGCACUAAAGUUAUAUGCUAG